AUAAUAAUUUAAAUCUCCCGCUCUUUCAUAGUUCGUUCCUGUAGCCAAGUAGAGGGCGCCAAAAGCGCAAUCUCCUAACAUUUUACCACGCGAUUCACCACUCUCUAAGCUAUUAACUUUCUCUAUGUGCCAGUAUAUCAAGUGUGAAUCAAGAGUCAUCAGAGUUAAGUCAAAUACGUUUAAAUUUUUUAUUUGAACGUAUUUGAGCAGUAUUUGAGUUAAGUUAAGUAAAUACUUACUCUGAUAUCAUGAUACAAAGAAAACAGUAUAAUAUUAUGAUUGUGAUUAUGAUAGUAUGUUAUCUGAAAUUCCUGUUGAUUUACUUAAGCCCUUAAGCAAAUACUAAAACAGUAUUUUUUGCCACCAAAACAAAAUGUGUUAAACUGACGUUAUUUGUAAAGGAUUCUGCGAGGGAAAGCUACUGACAUUGGGCUUAUCGUUAAUACAUGUUAUUACGAUAUAAUUCAAAAGAAAAAGUAUUCUUAAAAACUACGCAUUUCCUUAGGUGUUCUAGGUUAAAUUCACGUUAAAUUUAAAUGGCAUCAAAAGUUCUUUACAAGGUUUUCGUGUACGGUACUUUAAAAAAAGGCGAACCCAAUCACCAUUGGUUCUCCAAAUCAACUGAUGGGUACCACAAAUUCCUCUACAAUGCACAAACAAAAGAAAAAUACCCUUUAAUCAUAGGAACUCGUUACAAUGUUCCAUUUAUACUGCACAGCCCAGGUAAUGGACACAAUGCAAGAGGAGAAGUAUACGAAGUUGACAAUAAGGUUUUAAGCGACUUAGAUAUACUGGAAGAUCACCCAAAUUACUACAUUAGAGAAGAAUAUGAGGUUGAGAAUAUAGAUACAAAGAGUCGAAAAACAGAAAAAGUUUGGAUAUACAUGAUAAAGGCUUUUAGGAAAGAGCUAUUAAAUCAAACUUUUUAUGAAAAUUACAGUAAUUUCGGCGAGCAUGGGCUAAAGUACGUUCCAAGGUAUUUGAGAGAGAAAAAUUAUAAUCAUAGAACAGAAAUUCUUACAGAGGAAAAAUAAUUUUUUUUUUGGUUUUAAUUCUAGUGAAGUAGAGGUAUCUUCUUUGGACGAUCUUCAAUAAUAUCAUCGCUAAAUUUAUGAGAGUUUUUAAAAAAUUAAACACUUAUUUUUAUUAA